AGCUCCCUGGAACACUGAGUGAAAGCUCCCUGCUACUGGGGCCGCAGUCGUGCAGGUGUUAGCACACUACUAUGACGUCUCCCCUGUCUCCGAGUGUGUACGGAUAUACAGUGCUUACUGUAGCUUGUCUCGUAGGUUGUACCAUAUAUGGAUAUAUCUCACAGAAUUAUUUACCUUUAGGUCCAGUAAUGGGUAUAAAUAUUCAAGAAAGGGAGGCUCUUGGCAGUUCGAGUGUACACCAGGAAGUAAUGGACCCUCUCAAGGGGGAAUACGAAGCCCGCCUCCAAAGAUACCGUGACGCAUGCGCCGUGAGGAGGAUUAAGGCCUCUGUCUAUAACAAAAUGUAUUACUACGCAGAUCCAGGUAGUAACACCAGCAUAGGUUACUGCCCCGUCCCAAAAGUGGGCUGCACAUUCUGGAGAAGGAUAUUCAUGUUCCUCAACAGAACCCAAACUCAGAUGUCAAGUCCUUUCGACAUUUCUCGUUUCGAGGUGUACUUCAAACCCAUGGUACAACUCAGAACUACCAAACACACAACGGACAUUUUGGAGCAUGCGCAUCGCUUCCUGUUUGUGAGAGAUCCCUACUCGAGGCUCUUCUCCGCAUACGUGGACAAAUUUCUUCUUCCGCAGUUUCUGUCAUGGCCGACGUAUGGUAAAGUGAUCGCUGCGAUCAGAGCUGGAAGAAGAGUUCUGAAUGAAACAUGUGUCACGGAACUCGUAACAUUCCCCGAGUUUGUGAACAUAACAAUGUUACGGAAAUACCCGAACAUUCACUGGCUGCCGAUCACAUCGAUUUGUGACCCGUGUCGACUGCAUCCUGAUUUCAUUGGACAACAAGAGUCAUUUUCAAAAGACGCCAAAUAUAUUCUAAACAAGGUCGGGCUGGGGUAUCUGCUGACGAAGUAUUCACACAAAACGUUCGUCUCAGACGAAAUUACGCAGGUAGUCGACUUUACGUUUGCCUACGGGGACUACAAUAGGCACUUACGCCAAUGUUACGAUAGUCUAAUGCUGGCUGAACGUUUGUGGACGGCGUUUAAGAUGAAUGGUUACAUAUUACCAGCGGUGGAAUUCCCUAAGGAAGAACUACUUGAGUUGAUUCAAAAGACAAAUGACACUAUCACGUUUAAGGCUCUUCUAACUCAAAUGAUAGUCAAAGAAAAUGGGCGACGUCACCUGUCACCCGAGAUGUUCAGGCUGCAGAAGAAGAUAAUGAUGCUGAACGAGUAUAAAAAACUAUCUCGAGAAACCAUGGACAAAAUAGCCAAGUAUUACACGUCGGACUUUAAACUGUUUGGUUACGAGCAAUAUCCAGAAACUCUGUUUCCUUGGAGGUACGCAUACCAACAGCGGUCUCCCUGAAAUCCAAGUGUUCCCUUUCUCUAGGAUUAUUAUCACCAAUGAUGUCGUCGCUAUUUGUUAAUGAGGUUUGAACCCGAAUUUCAAAAUGGCCGCAGUGGGAGCCGUGCUGAAACAUAUGUUAUGUUAUGGAAUUUUGUGUCGUUAGUAGUGAUGCUGAGCAUAUAGGUUCAUGUUUUGCGUGCGUGUGUGUGUGUGCGUGUGUGUGUGUGUGUGUGUGUGUG